CAUUCAGCAGGCUGGAGAAGUGUUCCCUCCAUAAUCUAAGUAUGCUCUGGGCAUCGGUGACUAGAUCACCUUGGGGGGUUCUACAUGAGUAUGCUCGGGUCUUGAAACCUUCUGUAAGCCGCAGCAUCUUUUCGUAGAAUUUUCGAGCAUUACCCCUGCCAGCUUAUCAAGCUCUUCGUACUCACGAAUUUCGGCCUCUUUCUUUUUCUGUCUAGAAAUGCGUCUUGCUUCCCUCUUCAACUCUCGGUAUCUAUCCUAUCCCGCACGUGUUGUGGUCGACCGUAACGUUGCGAGGUAGGCAGCCUGUUUUCUCUCCGCUGCGACACGGCACUCCUCGAGGUACCAGCUGUUCUUUUGCACUUUCCGAAAACCAAUGGUUUCGGUUGCAGCUGUACGUAAGGAGUUUGAAAUUCCGUCCCACAGUUCCCUUAUACCGAGUUGUUGACAAGUGCUCUCAGAGAGCAGGAGUGCAAGCCGAGUAGAAAAUCGUUCGGCUGUCUGUUGUGAUUGCAGCUUCUCGACGUCGAACCUUCCUUGUGUUUGUUGGCGUGCGUUUUUUGCUGCACAGAGGCGGGUGCGAAUCUUGGCUGCAACAAGAUAGUGGUCCGAGUCGAUGUUAGGACCUCGGAGCGCACGCACAUCUAAAACACUUCAGACGUGUCUUCCGUCUAUCACAACAUGAUCGAUCUGGUUGGUGGUUUUUCGAUCCGGAGACAGCCAGGUAGCUUGAUGAAUCUUCUUAUGCUGGAAUCUAGUACUACAGAUAACCAUAUUUCGAUCCCCGGCGAAGUCGAUCAGCCUCAACCCAUUUGGGGAUGUUUCCUCGUGGAGGCUGAAUUUACCGACCGUAGUGCCAAAGAUACCUUCUUUGCCCACCCUGGCGUUGAAGUCGCCAAGCACGAUUUUGACAUCGUGGCGGGGGCAACUCUCAUAAGCGAGUUCCAAGCGCUCAUAAAAGUCAUCUUUGGUUACAUCGUCCUUCUCUUCCGUCGGGGCGUGGGCGCAAAUCAGCGAUAUGUUGAAGAACUUCGCUUUGAUGCGGAUUGUGGCUAGACGUUCAUUCACCGGAGUGAAUGAUAGUACUCGGCGACGGAGUCUCUCUCCCACCACGAAUCCCACACCAAACUUGCGCUCCUUUAUAUGGCCACUGUAGUAAAUGCCACAAGGACCUACUCGUCUUUGUCCUUGUCCCGUCCAUCGCAUUUCUUGGACGGCGGUGAUGUCAGCCUUUAUUUUCACGAGGACAUCAACCAGCUGGGCAGCGGCACCUUCCCAAUUAAGGGACCGGACAUUCCAGGUGCAUGCCCUCAAUUCGUAGUCCUUAUUUCGUUUUCCAUGGUCGUCAUCAAAAGGGGGUCUCUCAUCCGAGGCUGGUUGUUGCUAUUCGCUGGGGUUGUUUUUUUACGUGGCGGGUCCCAAACCCAGCGCACAACCCUAUGUAGGGGAUAUUUCGCCUUCUCACUUUAGCUCGCCUUCAAACGGAUGUUCUUAGGCUACCCAGAGGAUACUUGAUCAAAGACCGGAAGUCGUGAGCUGCUUGAGUCAUAUGUAAAAGAAUCGUUUCUGGCCACUCCCAAGUGAAUGGCGAUCAGAGAACUUUCCUCACUUGCGUGAACUUCUACACAUGACUCCAUCCUUCCGCUAUUUACUGUUUAAAAAUAUUCCUGUUCCGAGCUCAAUAUCCUAUGCAGGAAGAACAAAAAGCAGCACUAGCUGAUGUCUGCAUUUUCAUAGUGCGAUUUUAUAUUAAGAUUAGGUUCAAAUGCUCCGACGCUACUGCUGCUCCCGUUGACGAUGUAAAUGUAAUAAAAAGUUUAAAAUAUUAUGAAAGCAUUGAUUUUACAACCAGCGAUGCUGCACUGCGAAAAUUGUCUAACCAUUUAUGGUAUUUGACAGAGGAAGCAGCCGCUUUAGCCUUUUUUGAUGACAGACUAUCAGUAGAGACAAAAGUCAAAAUGGUCAGUGCUCUUAAAAAACCCGGCAGAUGCGAUGGAUGCAAAAAACUUAUUCUAAGUUCACAAGACAUGGGACAAUUGUUAGACGAGACCAUGGAGCAUUUCAUAUCUUCCAACAGUCUCAAAUUGUUUUCAAGGCUGCAGAUAGAUACCAGCUUCUUGGAUUUCAACCCAGAAACAUGGCAGACGCAGGCUUCAUAUAUGGAUGGCAAAAAAAUAAUAAACUCUCUAAAAGUAGUUAACGACACUGCAGAAAGAGCCGUAAAACUAAUGCAAGAUUACCAUGGAUUGCUAACCAAAAAUGAAAGUGAUUGGGGUUAUAUUUUGCAAUGCAUACAAGAACAUAGGGAAAUGUAUCCGAAUUGUUCAAAACAAACUUUUAAAAGUUGUAAAUAAUUAUAAUUUUGUGUAAUGUAUCAUACAUAAUUCAGCGAAUGUACCAUUGGGAUAUGAGUGACGUGCAAUUAACAAUACAAUUUUCUAUCGGCACUAUAAGGCGUGGUCCGAGAGGCGUGAAAUUUUCGUAGAUUCAUUUUCUUAUCAAGUCUCAACUAUUUUCAGCUUUCGUGAUAAAAAUUUCGAAUAAAAAUUUUUAACGAACAGGCUAAUGUAUGUA